AGAGAGGGACAGAAGAAGAGAAGGAGAGAGGGAGGGGGAGAGGACAGAGAGAGAGAAAGAGAGAGGAAAAGAGGAAAGGAAGAGAGGGAGAGAAAAAGAGAAGGAAAGGAAGGAAGGAGGGACGGAGAGAGAGAAAAACACAAAAACAUGGGGGGGGGACAGAGAGAGAAGGAAGAAGGGACAGAAAAAGAAUGAGAGAGGGGGAAACACACACACAAACAAUCAGACACACAAACAGACACAGAUAGAGAGACAGAGGGAAACACAGAGACAGGGGAAGACAAAGAGACAGCAACACAGAGAAAGACAGAGAGGGAUCGAGAGAGAAGGAGGGAGGGAGGGAGAGAGUCUAUGAGAGACAGAGAGAGAUAGACAAACAGAGAGAGAGACAGAGACAGAGAGACACAGAGUGAGUGAGAGAAACAGACAGACAGAGACACAAAGGGAAGGAGACAGAGACAGAGAGACACAAGGAGAGAGACAGAGACACAGACACAGAGAAAGACAAAGAGGGGUAGAGAGAGAGAAGGAAAGAGAGACAGAAAGAAAGUGAGACAGAAAGAGGGAGAGAGGCUGAGAAAGAAACAGAGACACAGAGAGAGAGAGAGAGAGAGAAAGAAAUAGAGACAGAGAAAAAGAAAGAGAAAAAGAGAAGGGGAGAAAGGAGAAAGAAGAUAGGACAACUGCCAGUAAAUGAUAUUAGAACCUAAGCCACAAAAAUAGCAGCGGUUCUCAGCUACUGAGUGUUCCUUUAAGAACACAGUCCAGCCGAUUACAAGACGGAGGGAGGCCUGUCUCCAAGUCACGAGACCAGAGAAACCUCCUGCUUAGUGAAGGGAGCCAUUGUGGGCUGCUGCAGUAAGGGACCGGUCUUCCCUCUUGUUGCAUUGUAAUGCUAUAUAACACACAGAUGGGUCAGGCCAUCAGAAGAAAAAGGGCUCUUAUUCCUUUCUGAGUGGACCGGGCAUUCUGCAAGACCCCGGAACAAAGAGGGGACCUGUUCCCGAACUCUAGCCCAGCUGUACCAAACAAACACUGUGUGCUUCUUGGAAUGUAUUGGAAUUCUGGAAAAAUCUGAGAACCAACUUGCAGUGUCAUGUAUCCUCUUAGCCAAAGCCUAUCUGGGAAUGACCUGAAGAUCUUCCGACAGUUCUAGAUAAGAUCUAGGCCCCAGGAGUUGGCCUGAACUCUGAGAACUAAGGAUUAAGAAUAAAACACAUUGGAAAAGAAUAUAGAACCUGGAAUCUGAAAAGGAUAGAUAAAUGAUUUUCAUCACCUAUCUAAGGAGUCGCCUUCCUCCUACAAUCAGAAAUCUGAUUCUACAGAAGAAAUUCAACUCUAGAAAAAUUUCUGGCAUGUCAGAGGGACCUAAACAGGCGAGUGUGGUGGUCUUGCCCAAAUCCUUCGCUGAAGACUUUGAAAAGUUCUGCCAGGCCAACAGUGGUCCUCUGCCCCUGCUCUAUAGAAGCAAACCUGGUGAAUAAGGGGCCUGCUCUGAGUGCCGGCUUGGACAUCAGAGAAUUUGGAAAUAUGAGUUUGGUUCCUGUACUGACAACCUGACAAGCCUAGAAGGUUAUUCAGAACAGCUUAUAGACAUGGUCACAUUCUACUUGGACUGCAGCAUUUCACCUAAAGAAGCCAUGAAGAAGGUGGGGAUUCCAUUAAGAAGUAAAGAAAGUCAUGAAAACGUGAGCAUAUACAAGACAACUGUUCCUUGUUCCACUGUUGGCAGCUUUUGCUGCCCUCUAGUGGUCACUAUGACUCCCAUUCCCGAGGACAAAUUGGAAGCUAUUCUACAAGACCUUUACUUAACAAGAGGUGUACGAGGAGAGCCCAUUCACAUUGGCUGCCCAGAGCUAUUGGGAAUUGAAGAUCUUUCCAAACCAGACUAUGGGGAACCUGUGAUACUUCAGCCAGGAGAAGUCCCAGUGUUUUGGGCUUCAGUGGUGACAAGCCUGGAAGCUGUUAGCAGCUGCAGGUCACCGCUGGCUUUUACCAGUUCUCCUGGGUAUGCGGUUGUGAUUGACCAGAAGGAUAAAAGGAUUCAAGUGAGUCAUCCUGGGGAAGUCCUAGCGGUCCAGUGCAUUUCCCAAAAUCCUCUGCACUACAGCAUUACUUCAUCUUCCAGUGUACAGAAAAUUAGAGAGCUAGAGAACAUAAUUGCCAGAGAUCCGGGGAACCGAGGAAUAAAGCAUCUGUUCAACAAAGAUGAACUGCUGAAGGCUUCUCUGUCCCUGUCCCAUGCUCAUUCAGUACUCAUCACCACUGGGUUCCCUACCCAUUUCACUCAUGACCCACCUGAAGAGACUGAUGGUCCCCCAGGAGCCAUUGCAAUGGCUGCCAUUUUGCAAGCUUUAGAAAAGGAGGUUGCCAUUGUUGUUGAUGAGAGAGCCAUGAACCUACAUAGAAAGAUUAUUGAAGACUCCAUCGAUCAAGGUGUUUUGAAGACAACAAUACCUCUGUUAAAUUACCAAGGUGGGGAAGCAGGAUCAGCUCUCAUGUUCUUGUGUAAAGAUGGGGAUCCCAAGUCACCAAGAUUUGAUCACUUGGUGGCAAUAGAGCGCUCAGGGAGGGCAGCUGAUGGCAAUUACUACAAUGCUCGAAAAAUUAAUAUUAAGCAUCUGGUUGACCCCAUUGAUGAUCUUUUCCUUGCUGCACAGAAGAUCCCUGGAAUCUCAUCAACUGGUAUUGGUGAUGGAGGGAAUGAACUUGGCAUGGGAAAAGUCAAAACAUCUGUGAAGAAGUACAUCAAGAAUGGGGAUGUCAUAGCUUGUGAUGUGGAAGCUGAUUUUGCUGUCAUAGCUGGUGUUUCUAAUUGGGGAGGCUAUGCUCUGGCCUGUGCACUGUAUUUACUGAAUAUGAACAACAUACAUGGGCGCUACCUACAGAAAGCUGUUGGGUUAUCCACCACCUCAUCAAAAGCACCAGCCUGGGCUCAGGCUCUCCCAUCUGUCAUAAAGGAAGAAAAGAUGAUGAAAAUCCUGGUACAACACCAAGUCCGGAGUGGAGUAACUGGCAAUGUGGGAAUGGAAGUGGAUGGUCUGCCCUUCCAUGGCACUCAUGCUGAAAUGAUCCAACAGCUGAUUGAUGUUACCACCAUGUAAUAUACACACACACAUUUUCUAUAAGCUCUAUUGCUCUUUCUAGUUCUCCACUUUCUCCAUAUAUAUACAUAUAUACCCUACCCUGGGAUGCAUUUUUGUGCCAAGUCAGGGGAAUUGGAAGAGCGUAAGAGAGCCUGAAAAGGAAUCCAACAUAUAGAGACGAAUGAAUGCAAUUUCAAAGGUAACUGAAAAGGAUCGAAAGGAGGCAAUUCCAUUUGUCUGGAAAGUCAUACUAACGAAGAUAGAGAGGAAAUCCCUUCUACACUAGCUUUGAAAAUUUACUAGUGGUAAAAAAAAAAAAAGACACAAAUUAUGUAUGAUAGUGCCUUAUGACUUAGUAAUGGUGAAAGUGGAGUCUUCGAUUUUGACCUAAAGAACCAAGAAUUGAAUCUGUAUCAUUCAGUGACCAUGUCACUAUUUUUCUGAGCCUCUUUUUCUUCGCCAACAAAAUGAGGAGGUUAGACUGGAUAACUUCUAAAAACCCCUCUGAUCUAAAUCUUUGAUCCUUUUCUCAAAUAAAACAUUUCCAGGGAAUCAAUCAUUUUUGCAUUGAUUUUUUAUAAAUACAUUGAACUACUUUUUAUCCUUUAAAAAAAAUCAGUAUUUUUUAAUGAAAUAACAGAAUUUAUUUUAAAAGAUUUUUUAAUUGUAUGUAAUUUAGUUACUAUUAAUCAACAAACAUUUAUAAAGUACUUACCAUAUUCCAACUACUAUGCUAGGUACUGGAUAUACAAAGACAAAAAUGACAGUCUCUGUUUUCAAGAAGCUUCCAUUGUAUUGAGGAAGACAGCAUUGCAAUUCUAAGAAUAUGCAAAAUUUUAUACAAUGAAAUGGAUUGGAGGGAGGAAAAACACCAACAUCCAAGAGCACAGUAUCCACAGGUCACGUGGGAGGUAAACAUUUGAACAAACUUAGAAGGAAACUUUCUGAGAUGUAGAGGUGAGGAGGGAAUGCAUUCCAAAAAAGUUCUGCAAUUUCUAUCCUUUAGCCAUUAUAUGCUUCAUAACAAUUAUGAUAAUGGCUUUUCUGAUGACAUCAAUGAAAUGGUUCAUAAAAUUGGCAUAAUACUACUGUGAUUAUUUUAGAAGUGAAAAAUUCAUUUUACUAAGUGCUAGUAAGAUACACAAGGUGACCCAAAUUCCUUCAUAUGUACUAAGAUAAUAUGUGUUCCUGAGAGGGUAAAAUCAUAUGGACCCACUGCCCAGCCAAAUGAGACAUUUCCUUACACUAGUUAUUGUCAUAAUUUUGGUAUAUAAGAAAAAUCAAAGUGAUGUAACCAUUUACUUUAGCCCGCAUCUCCAUCCCAGCCUUAUGGGACCCUCCAUGCUAAUGACCUGAUGAACAGCAUUUCCUUUUGCCCAGUCUCUUGUUGGAGGUACAAUGAGCAAUGAACACACCAAACCAAGCAGCCAAAUAAGGAAGAAUGAAAGCAGUUAAGGAUAUAGAUAACCCCUAAGAUGGAUACAUGAGAAUUACUAAUUUGUACUAAUGUUAUCUUCCUCCCCAAAAAAACCUUCCGAACUUCUCUAUUACUGUUGACCACCUUCCUUGCAGAUCUCCAGGCUCAUAAUCUAGAUGUCAUCAUGGACUCCUCACUAUCUGUCACUUUUCCCAUAUUGAAUUCAUUGCCAAGGCUGUUGAUUUCACCUUUGUAGAAUAUACUUUGGUAACAACCUAUUACUUCUAUGAGCAAAUAUAAAAUCUUCUCUUUGACAUUUAAAGCCUUCCACAAUCUGGUCUCAACCCACUUUUCCUGUUUUAUCAUAAAUGAUUCACCUUCCUGUACUGUAUAAGUCAACCAAAUAGCCUUUAUUGCUUUUCUUUCCAUUCAUUUUACAAAAACACAAAUAAUUUAAAUAUGAAUAUGAAAUUAAGCCACAAUACCAUCCAUGAAUUAGAAUCCCAUAAAGAAAGGGAACAAAUUCAUACUGAAAACUUUUCUGUGGAAUGAAAUCUAAGACAAUUGCUUUAUUUUUGCAUUGUAUGUGGUAUCUACCCACAAGCAUAAUACCUACUGAAAACUGCUUUGCUCACUGACAUGACAAAUUACUUGAUCGUUGAAUUGUUUAUCUUUUGAUAAUAAAAUACCUAAGAAUGAACAGA